AUGUUCCAUGAUUCCUUGGCUCUCCAAGCUGCUGAGAAAUCAUUCUAUGAGGUCAUUGGUGAGAAAUACCCUUCUUCAAUCCAAAACUAUCACAACGUGGACAGCCCUGAUGAUAGUAGCUUCAGUGGUACAACAACUAGCAGUUGUAACUCGGUUGAGUCCCAUUGGAAUAACGUUGAUCUUACUGACUAUAAGCCUUCCAUAUUGCAAACCAAUUUUCCCACUGACUUUGUUUUCCAGGCCAGUUCAAUCCAAUCUUCUAUGAACACCACAAGCAACUUCAGCGUUGCGAACAGUGGAUUCUUUGCAAGUUCCACUGCGGCCGGAUUUUUGGAGCCAACCUUGUUUAGCAAGAGUGAGUCUGUACUGCAAUUUGAGAAGGGUGUGGAGGAAGCCAAUAAGUUCCUGCCUAAAGGGAAUCGUUUGGUUAUUGACUUGGAGAACCCCUCUUUCAGGAAGGUUCCUCCUCUACAGGAGGAAAUUAAGGCAGAGAAAGAUGAAAUUUCUGCUGAUUCAACAAGAGGAAGGAAGAAUCACGAGCGGGAAGAUGAAGAAGCAGAUUUACAGGAUGGGAGAAGCAACAAGCAGUCAGCUGUGUACAUUGAUGACAGUGAGAUAUCAGAAUUGCUUGAUAAGGUUCUGCUGGGCACAAGAUGGAGAAAUGAGCCAGCCCCUUUGUGUAUCUGUUACGCAGACCUUCCUAAUGGAGCAUCCUUGAGUGCACAGAAGAAAUUAGAAGAAACAAACAAGUCUGGUGGUGGGAAGAGCCAUGUUAAGAAACAAGGCAACAAUAAAGGAGUUGUGGAUUUGAGGACAUUGUUGAUUCUAUGUGCACAAGCUGUUUCUUCUGAUGAUCUUAUAACUGCUAAUGAGUUGCUGAAGCAGAUAAGGCAACAUACUUCUCCACUGGGUGAUGGAACUCAGAGGCUGGCCCAUUGCUUUGCAAAUGCUCUUGAAGCACGCUUGGCUGGGACAGGCACUCAGAUUUAUACCGCUUUAUCACAUAAAAGAAACUCUGCAGCAGACAUGGUGAAAGCUUACCAAAUGUAUAUUUCAGCCUGUCCAUUCAAGAAGCUUUCAAUAAUUUUUGCAAAUCAUACAAUUUUGCAGCUAGCCAAGGAAGUUGAAUCUCUUCAUAUUAUAGACUUCGGGAUCCGUUAUGGCUUCCAGUGGCCAGCUCUUAUUUAUCGUCUAUCAAAACACAUUGGUGGGCCUCCCAAGCUGCGGAUUACAGGGAUAGAGCUCCCACAACCUGGAUUCAGGCCAGCAGAGAGAGUCCAAGAGACCGGGCUUCGCCUUGCAAGAUAUUGUGAUCGCUUUAAUGUUCCAUUUGAGUUCAAUGCCAUUGCACAGAAAUGGGAAACCAUCAAAAUUGAGGACUUGAAGAUUAAGGAAAAUGAACUUCUUGUUGUGAAUUCUAUGUUUAGAUUUCAAAAUCUACUUGAUGAGACAGUUGUGUUGAAUAGUCCCCGGGAUGCUGUCAUAAAUUUAAUAAGGAAGGCAAAUCCCACCAUCUUCAUACAUAGUACUGUCAAUGGGAGCUAUAAUGCUCCAUUCUUUGUGACACGGUUCCGGGAGGCCCUUUUCCAUUAUUCUACAUUGUUUGAUGUGCUUGAUACCAAUGUUAUUCGACAAGAUCCAAUGAGGUUAAUGUUUGAGAAAGAGUUCUUUGGGCGGCAGGUGAUGAAUAUUUUAGCUUGUGAGGGUUGUGAGAGGGUUGAGAGGCCCCAGACAUACAAGCAAUGGCAAGUUAGGAUCAUGAGAGCUGGGUUUAGGCAACUGCCCUUGGAUAAACAUCUCAUCAACAAAUUAAGAUGCAAGUUGAAAGAUGUGUACCACAGUGAUUUCAUGCUUCUUGAAGAUGGCAAUUACAUGCUCCAAGGUUGGAAGGGCCGCUUAGUUUAUGCUUCCUCUUGUUGGGUGCCUGCAUAG